AUGGCGUCCCACGUGUCCGUCAUGGAAUCCCUCUCCGCGUCCUUCACCGGGUGGCUACUGCACGACGCAUUGCCUUCCCUCACGGACCGCGCUGCGUCCUUCCUGCAGAGCCUGCCCCUGUCCACCUCCUUCUUCAGCCUCGUCGCCCUGUUGUUCUUCACGCUUGUUAUCUUGUUCUCGAUUUAUUCGAUUGUGCGAAAGGUCUUGAGCAUCAUCAAGUACUGGGUCGUCAUUAUGGUGUACUUAUUGCUUCUUGCAAUCUUGGGGGCGGUGCUUUUCUUGCACCCUCCGGUCGCUGUGGCGGUUGGUCUCCUGGUCCUGCGCCUGUGGGUGCGCCGGCGCUCGGCGGGCUCGCGCCAGGCUUAG